GGGAGGCCCAGGGAGCAGCCAGGAGAGUGAAAUGCCCCACGCUCUCUGGGGCUCACAAAGCGCAGGCGCAGCAGGUUGGGUGGCCGCAGCAUCAAGUAGCGGCCGUUUUGGCAGCAGCAUCGCAACAGGUGUAAGGUUCCGCCUGACUCUGCCCUGGAAAGUCCUUUUGAGGAGAUGGCCCUGGUGAGGGGCGGCUGGUUGUGGAGACAGAGCUCCAUCCUCCGCCGCUGGAAGCGAAAUUGGUUUGCCCUGUGGCUGGAUGGGACCCUGGGCUACUACCAUGAUGAGACUGCGCAGGAUGAGGAGGACCGUGUACUCAUCCACUUCAAUGUCCGUGACAUAAAGAUCGGCCAGGAGUGCCACGAUGUGCAGCCCCCAGAGGGCCGAAGCCGAGAUGGCCUGCUGACUGUGAACCUACGGGAGGGCUCCCGCCUGCACCUGUGCGCAGAGACCCGGGAUGAUGCCAUAGCAUGGAAGACAGCGUUGCUGGAGGCGAACUCCACCCCGGCCCCAGCUGGAGCCAUCGUCCCUCCCAGGAGCCGCCGGGUUUGCCCCAAGGUCAGGUGUGUGACCCGCUCGUGGAGCCCCUGUAAGGUUGAGAGGCGGAUCUGGGUGCGUGUCUACAGCCCGUACCAGGACUACUAUGAAGUGGUGCCCCCCAACGCGCACGAAGCCACGUACAUCCGCAGUUACUAUGGCCCGCCCUAUGCAGGCCCUGGCGUGACGCACGUAGUGGUGCGGGAGGAUCCUUGCUACAGCGCAGGCGCCCCGCUGGCCAUGGGCAUGCUUGCAGGAGCCGCCACCGGCGCAGCGCUUGGCUCACUCAUGUGGUCGCCCUGCUGGUUCUGAGCCCUGGAUCCUGCACAUAGACUAACAGGCCCAUUUCCUCCUUGGCCUCACCCUCUGCCAUCCAAGCCCUGUCCCACUUUGGCUCCUUCGUUUCCUUUAGCCUCUUCUGGGCUUGGAUCAUUCCUCCCCCUCUCCACCCUCACCCCGCACAUCAGAAGACGCUAAUAUCCCAGGCACAAACAUAGCUCAAAAUCUUUAUAUCUACCACUAGACACUCCAGAUGGACACAUAUGGAUAUGUUUCCUCCAAAUACACCAGGACACAGAAAACACAAGUCAUGGGGUUUCAAGUUCCCCAGGCAUUGGAGACACAGGAAUCAGGUUCUUUCCUUUGGCAGCUCCAGGCUUGGUGGGCAAACAAGAGUAUGCAAACACUUGACAAGGUGGAUGAGGGCAGAGAGUGAGGAAGGUAGGCUAGGAGUAUGGUUGCUGGCAAGAGUGCAGAGCCGUGAACAUGAUAGCGUGUCCAAGGAAUUAAAAGGGAGUUCAUUUGGGCUGGAGCAUGGGCAGGGGUCAGAUCAUGAUGGCCCUCCAAGCUAAGGAGCUUGCUGGGUAAGGGGGAGAUGUGAGCUUUAUGGAGGGAUGUUUCAUGAUUGCACCUAUACUGAAUAUAUUGCCUAUAUUAAUACACAAACUCAAAACACUCCCUGAGUUUAGCCUCAUCCUUCCCACUAUAAGAUUUUUGGGUCCCUUGUUCUUUCAGUGCUCAGAAAGCACCCGUUUCCCAUGUCAGUGCCUGGGGCAGCAAUUGAGCAGAACCUGGGAUCCCCUUGCUGGGGGGGGGGGCAGGUGAAUCUUUCGAGGACCUCGUCCUAGGUUAGUGCCUCCAUCAAGAAAUGCAUUUCUGGUCCCCAGGAGAUUGGCCCUCUGUCCAUAGCUAUGGCUGUCAUCAUCUCAGGCUUUGUCUCUUCCAUCUGUCUGGGGGAGAUGGCAGUGUUCACCUCUGGGGCCUGACCAACCUUUGUCUCAGUCUGGGCUCCCUGUAGGUGGCCUGGCAGUUUCCCCAUUUGGUCCCCUUCCAGUCUCUUCCCCCAUCCUGUCCCAAUCACCAAUAGAAUUGCUAAUAUGCCUACACAGUAGCCAGAGUAGCCUGCUAAAUUUCCCUUGUAGAUUGGGGCUCCAAUUGCCCCGCUGAAGAAACUAAUAAAGGUGCAGUUGGCUCUAGCCCUGGCUCUGGCUUUGUUUGUUCUCCCAAGAGGCCCUGUCUCCCUGGGACACCUCCAUGACUCAGAACCUACUAGUGCCUUCUCUGGUAUAGUGAGAAGAGUGUGGAUCCUGAGGUCAGGUAUAACCAGUGGCAGCAUGUUAGCUGAGCAAUCUGGGGCAAGUUACUUAACCUUUUUGGAUUUUGCUUUCCUCACCCAUAAACUGGCAGGUUGAAGCUGGCUAUCCCAGGGUUGUGAGAGGAGAGACUUCAUCAGGAUCUGAUCUGAUGGGUGUCUCUGAGCUGAUGAUCAGUUCUGCCCUGCCUGCUUUCUGGGAGUCCUGUGUGUUGGGUCUUUUCCAGUGGGUUCCCAUCCUUUCAGAGAUGAAUCAGAGUUAGACUCCGAGACCAGGUGGCCUGGGAAGGAAACACAACCGUCUUGUAUCAGACAUUUUGAGGCUGCAAGUAACAGAAACCCCCUGCACAAACUGAUUUAAGCCACAGAAAGGAAAACAUUGGGCCACAUAUUUGAGAAUUCCAGAAACUGCUUGGUCCAGGAACUCAAACAGUAUCACUUAGACUUUGCUUUAUUUCCAUUUUUACAGCCACUGGGGCUGGCUCAUUCAGAGGCUGCAGUGAUAUUCAGCAAAUCUAGACUAAUGCCCUCCUUGGUUCAAGGCUAGCUGAGAGAGCUUCUCUUCCUCUAACAGUUCAUCCAGAACUUUUAUUCACACUGCUGGAUAUUAUCCCAAAUUGGGUCUUGUGGCCAUCUCUGAAUCUACAGUGAUCUGGAAAGGAUGGUCUAAAACAGUAGGGCUAAGGGGGAGGGUAUAGCUCAAGUGCUUAGCAUGCACAAGGACCUGGGUUCAAUCCCAAGUACCUCCUCUAAAAAUAAACGAACCUAAUUACCUCCUCCUGCCAAAAAACCCCACAAAAAACAAAAAACAAAACAAAAAAACCCAGUAGGGCUUAGAACAGAGGUGGGGUGGUGUCCCAGAGGAAAUUUAGGGCACUGUUUCCAGAAAAAAGAUGAAUAAAUAAGAGCUGAAUGGCAAAAAUAUCAGGUGUCCACCUCAACCAUAUUCCCAGACACCAGCUUAGAGGGAUAUAUAAACAGCAAUGAUUCAAUGAGGUAAGACAGGAACAUGAUGCAGUAGGAACUCUAAGGAGGAGGUAUCUAACUCUGCUAAGGGGACUGGGGAAAACUUUGGGAUAGGAAAUGGAAAUUUAGGGUGAGCCUUGAAAGAUGACUAGGAGUUUGCCAAACAGAGAAAG